CAAAAAGUGACUCACAUGCGUAAUUGCUGCUUGGAGGUAUCAGGAUCUAUAUAAGGGUUUCAGCUCUGGUCUUGGGAGACAGAAAGUCAAACCCUUUCUGCUGCAGCAAGGCUCCUCAUCAAGAUGGGCACCAUGCACUACCUCCUGCUUUGUGCUCUCAUCUUCCUGCCUGAGACUCCUGCUUUUCCACUACCACAUAGACCACAACCAUGGAGCAUCAUAGACCUUGAGAAAGUAAAGGGAUAUCUUGAUAAAUUCUUUCCAAUUUUGUCAAAAACACAAAACCUAAGCAUAGAAGAAAGGAUUAAAGAAAUGCAGAAGUUUUUCCACCUGACUGUAACUGGAAAACUAGACAAAGAAACAGAAGGAAUAAUGACAAUGCCCAGAUGUGGAAUGCCUGAUGUAGCAGAAUACCAAACAUUUCCUGGAACUCCAAGAUGGAAAAAGACACAUUUAACUUACAAGAUUCUCAGUUAUACACAGGACCUACCCAGACGGAAAGUGGAAGAUGCAAUUAGAAGGGCCUUGAUGGUAUGGAGUGAUGUGACUCCACUGCAAUUCCGAAAAGUUGACACAGGCCGUGCGGACAUUGAGAUUAGAUUUGCACGCCGUGAGCAUGGAGAUGGAUCUCCUUUCGAUGGAAGAGGUGGCACGCUGGCCCAUGCCUUCGCACCUGGAGAAGGGAUUGGUGGAGAUGCUCAUUUUGAUGAUGAUGAAAAAUGGUCAGAUGUCAAUCAAGAUGUCAAUUUGUUCCUCGUUGCUGCCCAUGAAUUUGGCCAUUCUUUGGGACUUGCUCACUCCAAUGUCCGUGGAGCUCUGAUGUACCCUCUCUACUCAUAUCAGAACCCACAAACCUUCAGACUCCCAGCAGACGACAGAAGAGGAAUUCAGAAGUUAUACGGGAAAAAGCCAUCAAACUCUUGAAGAAAGUGCUUAACCAAGAGCAAAGAAUUCACAUCUCAUUGGUUUGGUCUUCCAAAGCAAUUUUAAUCCUCCAGCUAAUUAAGAUGGUAAACUCCUGGGCUGCACUUUCUCUCACUGAAUUUUUAUGUUGAUUUAUUUGCACUUUAUGCCAUUUCACCUAACAAAAAUAAUAAUAAAAAAUGUAUUCUCUG